GCAGCAGCAGCACCAGGAGAAAGAAGAGGAGGAAGAGGAGUAGGAGGAAGGGGAGCUCUGUUAGUUCACAGCCGCAGCAGCAGCACCGACGCACGGAUCCAACAUUGGUGCGUGAGCGUCUCGGAGCUCCGGGAUGUCGGCGGUGAAGGCGCUGCAGCAGUGGUGCCGGCUCCGGUGCGAGGGCUACCGGGAUGUGUCCAUCACCAACAUGACCACGUCCUUCAGGGACGGAAUGGCCUUCUGCGCCCUCAUCCACAAACACAGACCCGAUCUCAUAAAUUUUGAUUCCCUGAAGAAGGAAAAUGUCUAUGACAACAACAAACUGGCGUUCCAGGUUGCGGAGGAGCAGUUGGGAAUUCCUGCGCUGUUGGACGCGGAAGACAUGUUGGCGCUCAAGGUUCCUGACCGCCUCAGUAUCCUGACAUACGUCUCUCAGUACUACAAUUACUUCCACGGACGCUCCCCGAUUGGUGGGAUGGCAGGUAUAAAGCGGCCGGCGGAUGAGCCGACAGAUGAACCGGCUGGGAAGAAGAACGAGCCGGUGUCCGCUAAGGUGUUCCCCUCGUCGAGGCCUGCCAGAGAGAACAGCCCCCCUCGCUCCUCCAACAUCACUAAACCCUUCCCAUCCCCAAAACAAAACAGGAAUGCCACGCAGAAUGUGCUGGUUGAGAAAUCCAACAAGACGGGCUCGCUGAGUAACAAGUGUGCGUCCUGUAACCAGCACGUUCACUUGGUGCAGCGACAGAUGGUUGACGGGAAGCUCUACCACAGGAACUGUGCCAAGUCAUUGUCAUCAGCAAGUGCACCUCUCCAAGAUUUAUCCAGAAACACUGCUUUUACUAAAUAUACUCCUCACUCAAACUUCACUAAACCCAACACUACUCCCACCACUACACCCUCCAGACUGGAGACUCCCAGCUUCUCCAGCACUUUUUCUCCUUCUCCUUCUUCAUCUUCAUCUUCUUCGCCUUCUUCCCGGCCUACUUCAAGUCUCUUCUCGCCUGCUAAAGAGAUUCAAACAGCUUCAGUAUCCAAACCCGCAGCGCCACAGACAACCGUCACCACGACCACCACCGUCGUCACGAGGCCUGUAGCUGCGCCUCGAACUUCGACCACGGCGGUGAAGACGCAGCAGUCCAAGCUCAAAUUCUGGCAAACAGACCACACCGCUAAAAAUGAAGAUAGCAAGACUGCAACCAAGAACGUAGACAUUAACCGAGGUUUAAAUGUGACCGGUAAGACCCAGGAAGCCACAGGAAGUCAAUCUGUGACUGUGGUUGUAAAUGUCCCUGGAAGAAAGGAAAUGAACGUGACCUUGGAUAAAGGUGAAAGAUGGAAAGCAGGUGGUGAAAAGGUGUAUAUGAAACAGGACGAGGAUGACAGCAGUAAGAAGAAAGCAUCAGCGGCAGCCUUCAUCUCUAAGAAAGUGACAGAGGAGAACAAUAACAGUAAACCAUCGUGGGUGAAUGUAGCGCUGAAGAAAACUGAGAAACCCUCUCAAAUAGAAACCCCAAAGAGGGAGACAGAAGGUGUGACGAGAGGGAGAGUGAAGCUGAAAGCGGACCCGUCGAUCCUCGCUGACUUUUAUCCCGCUUCAGACCCCCCGAGCUCUGCUCCGAGCCCGGCCAGCAGGAGCUCGAAGGCUGGCAGUGCAUCACCCGUCACACCAGCAGCAUCAGAAAACGAGUCUCCGGUGGACUGGAGGUCUAAACUCAAACCUAUCGGCGGCAAAGAUACAAAGCCUGCUGGUUCUUCGCAGUCCUCUGCUAAACCGUGGGCUAACGGAGGAGGAAAGUCUUCAGAGCCGUCUUCCUCCUCUCAUCUUCCCAGCCCGAACAUUACUGUCACUCCACCAGCUUCGAAGGGCUUCCUGAACGGUCAGACUACUAACGGUGGCAAGUCAGAGUCAAAGGUCGCCAAGGUAGUGAAUGAGGGGGAAGAUGAGACUUUUAAGAAGCCGGACUACAUCCCCAAAGAAGACAUUAUGAAGGAACUUCAAGACAUUGAAGAUAAUUUGAACGAGUUGGAGAAGAGAGGAGUCGAGCUGGAGAUGAAGCUCCGCAGCAGCGAAGAAGAGGGUGAAGAUGACUCUCUCAUGGAUGAUCUCAUGGUUGAGUGGUUCAACUUGAUCAGGAACAAGCAGGUGGCCAUGCGUCGGGAGUCUGAAUUGGUCUACAUAGGAAAAACCCAGGACCUGGAGGAACAGCAGCCGAGUGUUGAGCAGGAACUCAGGAGGCUGAUGGAGAAACCAGAACAUCUGAAAACACCCUUGGACAAGAAGAAAGAGCAGAUGCUGAUGGACAAGCUGGUGGGGAUCGUCAAUGACAGAAACGCCAUCAUCGAUGGUCUGGAUGAGGACAGACUCAGAGAGGAAGAGGAGGACGAGGAGCUAAAUAAGAUGAUGAUGAAUUUCAACCUGAAGAAAGACAAGCCGAAGAAAAAGUCUCCGAUGUCCAAACUGCUCGGCUGGAAAAAGGACAAGAAGGAGGGAUGAUGCUCAUCACAAAAAACUUGCGGCUGAUCGCUUUCUUUUGAUGUUUGUUUUUUUUUGCUGCUCUCGUCGCCGUCGUCGUCGUCUUUCAUGUCAGUUAACUCAGCCUAUGAUUCAUGGGGAUAUCAUGGAUAGUGUGUGUGUGUGUGUGUGUGAGUGUGCAUGUUUGCGUGUGAUCUGUCAUUCCUAGCGCUUUUAGAAAAAUGCCCUUCCCUCUGUCGACUACAUCACUCAAGAUCUGACGUGACUCCUGCCUGCCGGUGACACACACACACACGCAGACACACACACACACACAGACACACACACACACACCACUGACACACACAGAGAUGACGUUGAGGGGUUAAUGACACACCAGCUCUGAUGUGAUUGGGUUCAGUGCUCCAGUUGUAAAUUUUAAUCCUCUUCUAGUCUUAAUCUGUCUACUUAAUGCUCACACAGACACACACUCUCACUUCCUCCUGAUAUCUCUUCCUCGUGCAUCUUAUUGAAAUGUUGUAAACAGCAACACUGAUGCUAAUAUGAGCUCGAGGAAAAAACACCCGUUACAGAGGUCAAACAGCUGGUCCAUGCUCUCUGGUCCUGUUUUAGUCCAGACUACAAGUCAUUAGUGACCUCUCGACCCACCUCAGGGUCCCUCUCUGACCCUGAUGUUGUUGUACAUGCUGAGCUGCACCUCAAAUGUCUCUCUGUGUGUACUUUUACUGGCCAGGGCAAAAAAAAGAAAAGAAAAACAACACACAGGCAAUCUUCUUGGACAAGUUUGCCAUUUAAGAAAAGAAAAACAAUCCUUCCCAACGCAGAGGGUUUAACUCAGGACCCUCCGACAGGUUGUGAGAUAGGAAAACAGAAAAAAAACACCAUUACUGUAACACAAAGUCACCACGUUCAUUUUCUUGUUUCUUGUGAGUUAUACAUACGUUUACUUCAUCAAGCCGCUAAAAAGUAUUUUAAAUCAAAUCUAAUACUUCAAGGAGGAAUUUUUAGCUCUUUAAAAGGAUCAAAACUGACAUGCAGGUGAAGAGGAUCUAAGCUCAAAGGCCACUUACUAUAAUAAGUCAGAGCUUUCACCUGCUUCCUGUAUGAGGUCGUCAUUCAAGUCACUUUGUUGCCAUGUAAACACACACAGAUGUUUUCCUGAUAUAAUUCAAAUCAUAAUAAGUUCAUUCAUAUUUUAUUGUGAAACAUAUUAGCAGAAAGAAAGUCACUGAGAAUCACAUUUGCCCCCCCCCCCCCCCCAUAUGUGUUACUUCCUGUCCAAUCAUGUUGUUCUUGAGUGUGUACUUUGUGUUUUUUACGGUUGACUGGAGGAAAGAUUAAAACUGAUUUGUACGGUGAGAUUCAGUAAAAAAUUAAGAUUAAGUAAAGUAAAAGCGAGAGUUGACUGAAUGUGAGUGUCGGGAAUGUAAAAAGUGAUCCAUAUUGGAUCUGGAUUUGUAAAUGUUUCUAAUAUUUCUUUAGCAGAAUUAACUUUUUAGGAUUUGUGUGUCAUAAUGAGAUAUUAUAUGUGUCAUAAAAAGUCAUGUUUGCAGAGGCACUGAAGCAACUUUGUGUGUGUGUGUGUGUGUGUGUGAGUGUGUGUGUGUGUUGUGAUCAAAUUACUUCAAAUUUCAACACACCUGCUCGGUAAUAACAUUGUAUAUACUGUAUGUCAUUGAACGCAUCGCCGUUAUUUCCUAAUUUCUCCGCUGUGUUUUAUUGUAUUAAGGUGGAAUUUACAAGGAUUUGAUCAUUAAAUGGAGAAACUGGCCUGGAUUUUUAAUAAAGUAUUGUAAUAUCUUUACACUCAUUUUAAUAAAAGAUAUUGUUG